CGAGUUUACUAGAACCAAAUCAGAUUGAGAGACUCAUAUCCCUGAUUCUUUUUUAUUCCUAUAGGAUUCUUUCUGCAGCAACGUAAUCUCCGGCAGACUUCCGCUUCCGGUUACACAGUUGCCGUGGAAACAAACCGACGCCACAAUCUUAGCAGUUAUGGCCGGGUUGAACGGUCCGCAAAUCCCCGAGAGGGAGUUCACCGUGGUCGUGUACCGGCUCAUCCGGGAUUCUCGCUACGCCGAGGCGGUGCAGCUGCUGGGCGGAGAGCUGCAGCGCAGCCCGAAGAGCCGCGCCGGCCUGUCGCUGCUGGGCUACUGCUACUACCGCCUGCAGGAGUUCGCGCUGGCCGCCGAGUGCUAUGAGCAGCUGAGCCAGCUGCACCCAGAGCUCGAGCAGUACCGCCUGUACCAGGCCCAGGCCCUGUACAAGGCCUGCCUUUUUCCGGAUGCCACCCGGGUCGCCUUCCUCCUGCUGGACAACCCCGCCUACCACAACCGGGUCCUCCGCCUGCAGGCCGCCAUCAAGUACAGCGAGGGUGAUCUGCCAGGGGCCAGGAGCCUGGUGGAGCAGCUGCUCAGUGGGGAAGGUGGAGAGGAGGGAGGGGGAGAGAACGAUCCCGAUGGCCAGGUCAACCUGGGUUGUUUGCUCUACAAGGAAGGGCAGUAUGAAGCUGCAUGUUCCAAGUUCUUUGCGGCCCUGCAGGCCUCGGGCUACCGACCUGACCUUUCUUACAACUUGGCUUUGGCCUAUUACAGCAGCCGACAGUAUGCCUCAGCUCUGAAGCACAUUGCCGACAUUAUUGAACAUGGCAUCCGCCAGCAUCCCGAGCUGGGUGUGGGCAUGACCACUGAGGGCAUUGAUAUUCGCAGUGUUGGCAACACUUUAGUUCUCCACCAGACUGCUUUGGUAGAGGCCUUCAACCUCAAGGCAGCCAUAGAAUACCAGCUGAAAAACUAUGAAGUAGCCCAAGAAACUCUCACUGACAUGCCUCCUAGGGCAGAGGAAGAGUUGGACCCUGUGACCCUGCACAACCAGGCACUGAUGAACAUGGAUGCCAAGCCUACGGAAGGGUUUGAAAAGCUCCAGUUUUUGCUCCAACAGAACCCCUUCCCCCCAGAGACUUUUGGCAACCUGUUGCUGCUCUACUGUAAAUAUGAGUAUUUUGACCUGGCCGCAGAUGUCCUGGCAGAAAAUGCCCAUUUGACUUACAAGUUCCUCACACCCUACCUCUAUGACUUUCUGGACGCCAUGAUCACUUGCCAGACAGCUCCUGAUGAAGCUUUCGUUAAGCUGGAUGGACUAGCAGGGAUGCUGACUGAACAGCUCCGGAGACUCACCAAACAGGUACAGGAAGCAAGACACAACAGAGAUGAGGAAGGUAUCAAAAAAGCAGUGAAUGAGUAUGAUGACACCCUGGAGAAGUACAUUCCGGUGUUGAUGGCUCAAGCAAAAAUCUACUGGAACCUUGAAAAUUAUUCAAUGGUGGAAAAGAUCUUCCGCAAAUCUGUGGAAUUCUGUAAUGACCACGACGUGUGGAAGCUGAAUGUUGCUCAUGUUCUGUUCAUGCAGGAAAACAAGUACAAAGAAGCCAUUGGAUUUUAUGAGCCCAUAGUGAAGAAGCAUUAUGAUAACAUCCUCAAUGUCAGUGCUGUUGUUUUAGCUAACCUCUGUGUUUCCUAUAUCAUGACAAGUCAAAAUGAAGAAGCUGAAGAGUUGAUGAAGAAGAUUGAGAAGGAGGAAGAGCAGCUCUCCUAUGAUGACCCAGACAAGAAAACCUAUCAUCUGUGUAUUGUGAAUUUGGUGAUCGGAACACUUUAUUGUGCCAAAGGAAAUUAUGAUUUUGGCAUUUCUCGAGUUAUCAAAAGCUUGGAACCUUAUAAUAAAAAACUGGGCACUGAUACCUGGUAUUAUGCCAAGAGAUGCUUCCUAUCCUUAUUAGAAAAUAUGUCAAAACACAUGAUAGUGCUUUGUGACAGUGUUAUUCAAGAAUGUAUCCAAUUUCUGGAACACUGUGAACUGUAUGGCAGAAACAUACCUGCUGUUAUAGAACAACCCCUGGAAGAAGAAAGAAUGCAUAUUGGAAAGAAUACAGUCACAUAUGAAUCGAGACAGUUAAAAGCUUUGAUUUAUGAAAUCAUAGGCUGGAAUAUAUAGUCGUAUCUGAUAACAUCGUGAUGGCUUCAUUACACUUGUAACAUUUUGUAUUGAAACACUUUGACAUUGCUUUUUUUCUCCCCCUAAAACCUCAUGAAAUGGAACAUAACAAUUUGAAAUCCAGAGGAGUUCAGGAAUAAAUAAAAACUGGAUUGAGACAUUGCAUCAAAAUGUGUUUUCAAUGCCUCUGCUCCCUCUGCCUUAUCAUCUUGAUACCAGGAACUAUUAAAUCCAGAACCUAGUUAAUGUAUAAUACGUCUAGUCUAAUGAUCAUUUCAAGGACUUUGUGUUCUACUCUAAUCUCCUCAUAAUUACAUUUAAGCCAUAUGCUUUGCAUAAAUUUCAUUGUGUUUCAGC